AUGAGGCUGGAAAGGCAGAGGGAAUGUGAAUGGCUCUUCUGGCUUGGGAAAGUGUCCACGGACUGGGGUGCUACAGACUACAAAACAGCUUGGACAACCCUCCAGAUUCCCUGUACCUCCGGCGUGCAUAGCGUAAUGUCCAUGCUGUACUACACUCUGAUUAUAGCUUUUUUGAUCGGCACACAGGCAGCUCCAAAGUCAGAGGACAAUGUUCCACUGGAGUAUCCUGCAGAACACUCCCUGCUCAAUACCCACCGGAGCAACAGACACCACAUUCCCAAGGCAGCUCCCCAGACAUCCCACAGCCACUCUGCUUGGACGAUAGGUAGAAGAGAAGCUAUAAAUAUCACCAUGGACCCAACAUUUUUUAGGAAGAGGCGCUUCCGGUCUCCUCGGGUGCUGUUCAGCACACAGCCCCCCCCAGUGUCAGGGCAAGGACAGAAUAUGGGAUUUCUCAGCAGUGCAAGUUCUCUCAACAGGACUGCCAGGACCAAGAGGACCGCGCAUCCCGUAUUACACCGGGGAGAGUUCUCAGUGUGUGACAGCGUCAGCAUGUGGGUUGGAGACAAAACCACAGCCACUGACAUUAAAGGCAAAGAGGUGACAGUGUUGGGAGAGGUCAACAUUAAUAACAACAUUUUUAAGCAGUACUUUUUUGAGACCAAGUGCAGGGACCCUAAGCCAGUCUCCAGUGGGUGCCGAGGGAUUGAUGCAAAGCACUGGAACUCUUACUGCACCACAACACACACCUUUGUCAAAGCGCUGACCAUGGAGGGCAAGCAAGCAGCCUGGCGAUUUAUUCGAAUUGACACAGCCUGUGUGUGCGUGCUCAGCAAGCAGGAAGUCAGGGAGACCCUGAGAUGGAUCUAA